CCUUGAAUCAUCUCAAAACUCAAAUGCCCUGUUUAAAACAGCCAAAUAAGUUCGUCCCCUAGUUCCCUUCCUCCAGGUACACGCCCUUUCAUUUGUCAGAGUCAGGGGCAAAAAAACGUUUACGAAAAAAAUCACGGAAGAGAUUCGGCAGCGGUUCGAGUCUGACAAGUUUUUUUUUUUUUUUUUUUUGAGGUAGGGAAGAAAAGGGAAAGAAAAAAAAGGUUUUACUGCAGCUACUGCGAACUGUCAAUCCUCGCUGUCCCCAUUUUAGGAGAGAAAGCAAAGAUGGAGUCAGCAAUUAAAACCGUGGUGGGUGUCUACCUGAAGUCAUCUAAGGGCAAGGAAAGCCUCGGUGGGAAGGAGUUCCAGAGCCUUGUGAAGAACCAGCUGAAGAACAUUCUGACGGGCACAGAGGACAAUGAGGCAGUUAAAAACAUGCGUCAACAGCUUGACAACAACCAGGAUGGGAAGGUCAGCUUCCAGGAGUAUAUGAAUCUGAUUGGCUAUCUGGCGCAGUCUGUCAGCGAACAGCGUUGUUUGGAAAAAGAAACACAACCAGAGAGUUCAACCCAGGAGACGCAGGCUGAGGCGGCAGCCAAUGCACAGGCAGAGCCCAAGGCAGAGCCACAGGCGGCAAAGGAGGCGGAGAAAGAAAACGAGCCAGUGGUCGAGGAGGCAGCGGCCGAAGAGCAGAAGCCAGAGGAAGAGAAAAAAACAGAUGUGGAACAGGAAGGAGCGAAAGUUGAAGAGAAUAAAGCUGAAGAGAAGAUCAAAACAGAGGAAGCGUCGUAGGAGCUCGAGGAAGUCGAGAUUGUCGCAUCUCAAAUGCUUCUGUGUUUGUUUUAUUCGUCAUUUUCAUUAUUGUGAUAUUUUAAUACAUACAUUUGAAACCUGGCCAAUACACUACCAAUUUUAUUACUGCAAAGAGGUGUAGCCUUCUUAAUAAUACUAAUUUCUGAUUGUAUGCAAAUUAGUUCAUGCCUGUGAUUCGUUUUGUAAUAAUAGUGUGUGUGUGUCGACAGCCGCAAAUGUGACAAAUGGCCAAAGGGGUGCAAUAACUAAUCAUUUUGUCCUUUUGUUUGAGCCAGAUUUGUUGUAAGGGUACUGCAACCACUGUGUCCCCUCUCUAAUAUCUCCACAAAUCAUCCGUGAAUGAAGAACAGACAUCGGUUUCAUAGCAGAAAUGCUUAAAUUUAGACAUUAUUAAAUAUCCAUUAUGUUUACUUUUUGUUUGUGCCGCUUUCUAAUGACAGGGUUACUCAGUCGACUCCGGUGCUAGUCGUAAAUGUACUAUGUAUUUUCCAGUGUUGCAGAAGUGUAAAAAUAGCACUUUUUUCACCUCGCUUUUGUUUGAUGAAAUGCCCUUCUGCAGGAAUUUAACAUAUUCCGUCACCAUUCAAAUGUGGGACUUGCGUUUGUGGCGCACAUGGGAACACUAUGCAACCCACGUACUUUAUUGUUCACAUUUCUGGGCCUUGUUUGCAUGAUAAUAAACAAAUUUGCUUUUGAAUAACGUAGUUUUAUGGCAUGCUUUCUGGCUUGUGUACUUGGAUCUAACUCUCUAGCUGACUUUCACAUGCUGUCCAUCUUAGUGCUUUGUCUCAAGAGCUGGAAUAUCAGAUGCUUAGUGUGCUUAUGAUAGCUGACGCUCAAUAAUUAAAAGCCUUUGGGAUGGAAUCCACACCAGGGGACCCUGGUGGCCCAGCGGGAGCCCCAAGACAUCCAAAAGUAUUGGUUCACUAAGGUUAGACCCUUGAAGACAGUUAAUAAGAUGGACAAAAGAAUCACACUUCAGUAAUCACUCAUUCACAUAGGCAUUCAUCCUCUCAAACUUUAUUUUAACCAUAUUCGCCUCCACAUAUUUAUCUGUUUUUCUUUUGUUUUUUAUAAUGUAUUGGUCUCUAAGGUCUAGAUAUGUUUUAUUCCGCUUUGCGAAGUGUAAAAUGUCUUAAAAUCUCUUAAAGACUAUAUUAACAUCAGAACUGACCAGUUUCACUUCACUUUUAAACAUAUUUAAUACUUGUGAUAUGAUCACAACUAGCAUGUUAGCAUAUGUUUAGCACAUAGCUAUAUACCCAGCUAACAGAGAACAUUCUCAGAACUUUGGUUAUCGUUCUGGCAAGGUUCUUUUAAACAUUGUUCUAAUAACAUCAAUAGAAUGUUCGUUCAAAGUUUUCUGGUCUUUAAUAAUGUUCCCACCAAAACACCUAAACAUUAUUCAUGGCACUUUUUCUCCUGAAACGUUUUAGUUGGACGUUGGUCUAACAUUUUUUAUGUGUUACUACCACAUGUUUCAGAAUGUUUAGACAACAUUUAAAAGUAACGUUCCCAUAAUAUGAUAUGAUAAAAUGGAAUGUUCCCUUAACAUUUGUAUAACCAAGAAAAAUCCUUUUAAAAACAUUAAAGAACUGGAAGUUUUGAACAUUUAGAGAACAUUCAGAAGUAACGUUUUAUAAAUUAACUUAAUGGGAACGUUAGCAAAACGUUUUUAGAGCAUACUUAUGUUAGCUGGGUAGACAGACAGACCGAUAGAUUCAAUCUAGCUAGAAUAAUAUUGAUUAGUGACAUUACAAAUAUUAAUGUUGUAUCCCAUCGUGCAUUGACGGUUAUGUAAGUCAUGUGCUAGACAACCCUGUAACGAAGGCCUGAUGAGGAACCUUAUCUUACUGUUCCUUCUUUAGACAACAUUUAAAAGAAACAUUCCCAUAAUGUUUGGAAAAUAAUAAAAUGGAAUGUUCCUUAACAUUCGUAUAAACAAGAAAAAAAACCUUUUUAAAACAUUAAAGACUGGCACGUUUUGAGCAUUCAGAGAAUAUUCAGAAAUAACUUCUUAAAAAUGAACUUAAUGGGAACAUUAGCAAAACAUUUGUAGAACAUAGAUAGAUAAAUAGAUUCAAGCUAGAACAAUAUAUUGAUUAGUGACAUUACUAAUAUUAAUGUUGUAUCCCAUCAUGUAUUGACGGUUAUGUUCGUCGUGUGCUAGACAACCCUGUAACGAAGGCCUGAUGAGGAACCUUAUCUUACUGUUCCUUGAAUUUUUCACUAUUAUCAAUGAUUCAAUGAAUUUUGAUAUAGCAACUAGGGUAAAGCCAUAACAUGCAAGAAGAAGAGACAAAUGCACAGGUACUUUCACUAUUUAGCCAUUAUAGCAGCUUACAUAAUACAUCACAUACUACAUUAUGCAUUAUACAGAUAUGUAUAGCCUACAUCAGUGAGAAAUCCUACGCUGCCUAAAAAGCACUCAUUUAGAUCAUGCUAAUGAGCUCUCAUUUAUCUCAGGCUGUCAUGUAUAUCCUAGCCAUCUAAAACCGCCUGUUUACUUUGGUGUGUCUGACUCCAAAACAGUCGUGUCUGGUGUUGCUAGGCCUCACUACAUUAGCAUUAUAACGUCAUCACACCUUAUGAACAUUCAUGUUUUGACCACAUGUUGUUAAUACUGUAAAAACUUCAAGCUUGAUGUUAAUUGUCAGAAGUAGUUAACAGCUCUACCCAUAGGUAACAUAAAACUUUUUUAAAACGAAUGCAUGAGCAUUUCAUUAAGUCCGCAUAGCUAACGUAGUUGCUCAAUGUAACCAACUGACCACAUAUUCUGCCUUCAUUUUCUAUGCUGUAUGAUUGACCAUCUCCAGCUACUCAACAAUAAAGGACUGUAAUGCAAACUCCA